GAGGACGGGGAAACCACGGGAAGUGACGAGUUAGAAAGCUAGCCAUUUCGAGAUUGAGCAUAGAUUUAGAAAUAAAUCAUGAUCUUGUAUUUGGAGAUUUUAUUGGAGAUUUAUGAUAUCAGAGAGAUUUUAUAAUUUGAUCUUCAGAUUUUGAUGGUAUCAGAUUGUGGUGUGAUAAGUUCCGAGCCUUGUGCAUUUGUGGGACUUGUCUCACGAGUGCACGGCGUUUGCCACGUCCCCGGAUUUGGGUUCUGGGGCGUGACAUAUGAUGAGCAAAGUAAGAAUUUAACUGCUUGUCCAAUAUGUGGAGAAUCUCGUUAUGAGCCAAGGAAUAUGUCUGCUAUAAGGCAGAAAGAUGUUCCAAGGAAAUCUUUGUGGUACCUUCUAAUUACCCCAAGAUUGCAGCGACUAUACAUGUCUAGAAAAACAGCAGAGCACAUGACAUGGCAUUUGAAAUGCCGUGAGGAUGCGGAUGAAUUUAUUCAUCCUGCGGCUAGUGAGGCAUGGAAACACUUUGAUGAAACCCACCCAACAUUUGCUGAUGAACCUAGAAAUGUUAGACUUGGCCUUUGUACAGAUGGUUUCAAUCCAUUUGGUUGCUCUGCAACGCCUUAUUCUUGUUGGCCUGUUUUUCUUAUAGUGUACAACCUUCCUUCUGAAUUGUGUAUGAAGUCAGAGCAUAUAUUUCUUGCCAUGAUAAUUGCUGGACCUAAAAGUCCAGGAAAAAACAUUGAUACAACAGAAUUUUAUCAUGAAAGCUGCAUUGCUAUGGACUAUAAGUGAUUUUCCAGGUUAUGGCAUGUUAUUUGGAUGGAGCACACAUGGGAAGUUGUCAUGCCCUUAUUGCAUGGAGAA